AUGAGUUUCCGGGGGCUCCAGAAGAGCGUCCUUCGGGCGCCUCAGCAGUUCCGGCAGAAGUUCAACAUCGGCGAGCAGACCAAGGAUCCCGUCUACAUCGACUCGGAGCGCCGCUUUCAAGAGCUCGAGACUGAGACUAAGCACCUGCACGAUGAAAGUAAAAAGUACUUUGACGCCAUCAAUGGGAUGCUUCAGCAUCAGAUAGAAUUCUCACAGGCUAUGACCGAAAUCUACAGGCCAAUCAGCGGCCGCAUGUCAGACCCCGGCUCGCUCGUCGUCCACGGCAACAUCGAGGGCAUCCGCGCCUGCGAGGAGUACGAGGCCAUCGUCAAGGACCUGCAGCAGACGCUGGCGCCCGAGCUGGAAAUGAUCGAGAGUAGGGUGAUUCGGCCGGCCAACGAGCUCCUCGACGUCAUCAAGGUCAUCCGCAAGACCGCCCUCAAGCGCGAGCACAAGAAGCUGGACUACGACCGCCACCGCGCCACCCUCAAGAAGCUCCAGGAAAAGAAAGAGAAGACGGCCAAGGACGAGAAGGCCACGUGGAAGGCCGAGAACGAAGUCGAAAACUCGACGCAAGAGUUCAACUAUUUCAACGACUUGCUUAAGGACGAGCUACCCAAGCUCUUCGCCCUCGAGAAACAGUUCAUCCAGCCCCUAUUCCAGUCCUUCUACUACAUGCAGCUCAACAUCUUCUACACGUUGCACGAGAAGAUGCAGCACUGCGACAUCGGCUACUUUGACCUGACGCGCGACAUCGAGGAGGCCUUCCACGCCAAGCGCGGCGACGUCCAGGAGCAGGCCGAGAAGCUAAGCAUCGUCAAGUUCAAGACGACGGGUCUGAAGAGGCCGCCAAAAUACGGCGGCGCCCGUCCCGCAAUAGAAGGCACUAAGCCCGCCGGCUUGCUGACGGCAGGUCCGUCGAUCAGCGCCCCUGCCAGCGAAAGCGGUGGGGAGCCUACCACCCCGGUGCUCGCGACGGCAACCAAGCCCAGCUGGAGCCGUCCAGCCGCUGAACUCGCCGAUCACCCGCCGCCACCGUACUCGUCAAUGCCUACUGCCGUCUUCCACCCCGUGCCGGGCGCCAAGCCGGCGUCACUGGCGGCCGUCGCGGCAGCCAAGGCGAAGCCGCCACCCCCAAAGCCAAAGUCCAGCCGGCUAGUCGCAAUACCAAGGGCCGAGACGGCCACGGCGCUGUACGACUAUGCGGCCCAGGCCGAGGGCGACUUGAGUUUCCGGCAAGGCGACGAAAUUGAGAUAGUAACGCGCACCCCCAACGAAAACGAGUGGUGGAUCGGUAAACUAAACGGCAAGGAGGGGCAAUUUCCCGGUAAUUAUGUUAAAGUGAACUAG